ACCGAGGACAGAAGAGGAUUUCCGAGUUGGAAUGUCUACAUGCAGAUCGCAACAAGCUCCGCUUCGUUGGAAUUCUCUUGCUUUUUGUAGAAUUGUUGAGUUGACUGAGGUUUCAAUGUUGGGUUGUGAUGGCGAGUCCAAUAUUGCGGAAACGGGAUUGUCGUUGAUGCCAUUUUAUCAACUGAGCGCCGAACAGCUGGUACCGGUGAAAUUGUGAGGUAGGUUUUUGCUUGGGCGAGGUCGAGGAUUGCCGAUGGCGACAUCACUUGAAGGAUCAGCCAAGUGGGUCGUCUUGGUGGUGAUUCUGUUGCAAGCAUGCUUAGCUGCUUGUGAUUAUGAAAUGCCUUCAGAAGCUCUGCCUACGAGGUCUGGGUACCUUGACGUGAAUACCGCCACUGCAACCAGUCUAUUCUACGCUUAUUAUGAGGCGCUUGAGCCCUCGGACGAGCUUCUGAAAACCCCUGUCAUUCUCUGGUUACAGGGUGGUCCUGGAUGUUCGGGAUUGAUAGGAAAUUUUGGAGAAUUAGGUCCUUGGAGGGUAGCAGAGGACAUGAAGUUGGAAAAGAAUACAGCUCCUUGGAACCGGCGCUUUGGGCUGCUUUUUAUUGACAGUCCAGCAGGGUCGGGAUUCAGCAUAGCUCCAUCUCCUGACUCUAUUGUGACGAAUCAGUACCACGUAGCACGGGACCUGUUCCGCGCUCUUGAGCUCUUCUUCAGCGACCCUGACUACAAAUCGAGGCCUCUAUACAUCACAGGAGAGAGCUAUGGUGGAAAGUAUGUUCCCGCAUUGGGAUAUUAUGUUAUGGCCAAGUCCCGGCGGCUUUUGUUUAAGACGGAGCAACCGCCUUAUGAACUCCGGGGAAUAGCUAUUGGCAAUGGCCUCACGCAUCCUAUUGUACAGGUUCAAACGUAUGGGGCAACCGCUUACUAUAUGGGCUUAAUUGACAAGGAACAGCAGAAGGUUCUGGAUGGCCUAGCUAAAGAGUCGAAGGAACGUAUUUUGAAGAAGGAUUGGUUGGGAGCUGUAGCCGCAAGAAGCAAUCUCACGAGGAUACUUCGAGCAAUGAGUGGGUUGGCCACUUUGGAGGAUGUCAGGAAAUCUGUAGAUUAUUUUACAGAUGCAAAUGGCACGGAUUAUCUCACAGCAUUUGUCAACCUUGAGACCGUCAAAAAAGCACUUGGUGCGCACACGAAUAUUACGUGGACUCAAUGCAGCGAUCUUGUGGAUGAGAAGAUGCAGGUUGACAUCAUGAAGAGCACAAAGUGGAUGUUAGAGGCCUUACUUCCUCAGCUCCCGGUGCUCUUGUAUCAAGGCCAGUGGGACAUCCAGGAUGGUGUGGCGUCGAGUGAAGCAUGGAUGCGUACGAUUGCGUGGAGAAGCUCCGCUGCCUUCUGGGCUUCUGAGAGGAAACUGUGGAAGGAGGAAGGGAAGCUCGCUGGUUAUAUCCGAACUCUUGAAAAUCUUAGCCAUGUGGUGGUGGCUGGAGCCGGUCAUUUGGCUCCAAGCGACCAGAAUUUACGCACACAGCGGAUGAUUGAAGCAUGGAUAGAUGGAAAGCUAGAGCUUCUAUAGAUAACCCCCCUGUCGAUCUACUGGAAACCAUCGUUGAUUAGCAGCCUUUUCUCUGUCACGUUCGAAUUUCGUUUGUGUUCUGUAGAUAUUGCUUGUAGGCCACCGAGCAGAUAGUAGUGCUGCAUUUCCAAUCUCCGGCUGAUGUGGAGAUCUGUUGCGGUGUAUGCUUGUAACAUUGUAGCAUUGGCACACCGUAAACCCUGAAGCUGGCUCCAUUUUGUACAUGAAACUUGGUGAACUAUAACUGCUGACAUGCUGCUCGCUCAUGAGGAAGGUGAGGGGAUCCUUGGGGUUCCCAGAGUUUGGCGUUGAUGGUAGGGCAGCUUACAAUUUUGUUGAAGCCCUCACCGGUAUCUACCGGAAACUGCAUGGUUGGGAAUAUACUCUUACAAAGCAGGAGAAUAGUCUUCCCUGCACUUGGUAA